GAAAAGGAAGAAAUGACUGCUUCUCAGGGGCUGUUGACAUUCAAGGAUGUGGCUAUAGAAUUUUCUCCAGAAGAGUGGGAAUAUCUGGAUCCCCCACAGCGAAUGUUGUACAGAACUGUGAUGUUAGAGAACCACAGAAACCUGGUUUUUCUAGGACUUGCUGUCUCUAAGCCAGAUCUGAUCAUGUGUCUGGAGCAAAGGAGAGAGCCCUGGAAUGUGAAGAGUCACAGUAAAUUAGCCAAAUCUCCAGCUGUGACUUCUCAUUACACUGAGGGCCUUUUGCCAGAGGAGAGCAUAGAAGAGUCACUUUCAAAGGUGCCAAUGGGAAGAUAUGGAAGGUUUGACCUUAAGGAUUUACACUUAAAAAAAUCUUGGGAAAGCCUGCAUGAGUGUGAAGGACAGAAAGGAUGUUCUAUUGUAGAUAACCACUACAAAUGUAACAAGUGCGGGAAAGUCUUUCAUCAACACUCCAUAUUUGCUAUCCACCAGAGUAUCCAUAUUUCUGAAAUGGCUUCCAAACAUGAAUAUGGCAAAAUGUUUAACCAUUCCUCAAAAUGUAGACAACAUCCAAAAAAUACUGGAGGAAAUGUACAUAAUAUAUGUGGGAAAGUGUUUAGAAAAACAUCUUAUCUAAAUAGACAUGAAAGAAUCCAUAGGGGAGAGAGAGACUUCAAAAGUGAAGAAUGUGGUAAAACCCUUAGCUAUUACUCAUGCCAUUCCAAACAUCAGAAAAUUCAUACUGGAGAGAAUCUCUAUAAAUGUGAAGAAUGUGAUAAAGCCUUUACUUUGUAUUCAUAUCUUAUUCACCAUCAGAGAAUACAUACUGCACAUAAACCCUACAAAUGUCAAAUAUGUGACAAAUCAUUUCAUCAGUACUCAAAUCUUAUUCAACAUCAAAGAUACCAUAUUGGAGAGAAAACCUACAAAUUUGAAAAAUGUGGCAAAGCCUUUCACACACAUUCAGACCUUGCUCAACAUACUAUAAUCCAUACUGGAAAGAAAGUCAUUUACAAAUGUGAAGAAUGUGACAAAACCUUUCGAUCUCAUGCAGACCUUGCUCGGCAUAAAAUGAUCCAUACUGGACAGAAACCCUACAAAUGUGAAAAAUGUGGCAAUGCCUUUCGUUGGUACUCAUGUCUUAUUCGGCAUCAGAGAAUCCAUACUGGAGAGAAACCCUACAAAUGCAAAGAAUGUGGCAAAGUCUUUUGCUCUUACAAAAGAUUUGUUAAACAUAAGACCAUCCAUACUGGAGAGAAACCAUACCGAUGUAAAGAAUGUGGCAAAGUCUUUCCUUGGCACUCAGGUCUUAUUCGACAUCAGAAUAUCCAUACUGGAGAAAAACCCUACAAAUGUGAAGAAUGUGGCAAUGCCUUUCGCUGGUACUCAAGUCUUCUUCAACAUCAGAGUAUCCAUACUGGAGAGAAACCCUACAAAUGCGAAGAAUGUGGCAAAGCCUUUUAUUGGUACUCAAAGUUAAUUGACCAUCAGAGAAUCCAUACUGGAGAGAAACCCUACAAAUGUGAAGAAUGUAGCAAAGCUUUUACUCGGUACUCAAGUCUUAUUGAACAUCAGAGAAUUCAUAGUGGAGAGAAACCAUACAAAUGUAAAGAAUGUGGCAAAGCCUUUCGCUGGCACUCAGGUCUUAUUCGACAUGAAAAUACCCAUACUGGAGAGAAACCCUACAAAUGUCAACAAUGUGGCAAAGCCUUUCACUCUCACAAUGGAUUUGUUAUGCAUAUGUGGAUCCAUACUGGAGAGAAAUCCUACAAAUGUGAAGAAUGUGGCAAAGCCUUUUACUCUCAUAAAGUAUUUGCUGAACAUAAGACCAUCCAUACUGGAGAGAAACCCUACAAAUGUCAAGAAUGUGGCAAAGCUUUUACUCGGUACUCAAGUCUUGUUGACCAUCAGAGAAUCCAUAGUGGAGAGAAACCAUACAAAUGUAAAGAAUGUGGCAAACUCUUUCGUUGGCACUCAGGUCUUAUUCGACAUGAGAAUACCCAUAAUGGAAAGAAACCCUACAAACGUCAAGAACAUGGUCUUAUUCGACAUGAAAAUAGCCAUAAUGGAGAGAAACCCUACAAAUGUCAAGAAUGUGGCAAAGCCUUUCGCUCUUACAAUGGAUUUGCUGGACACAUAAUCAUCCAUACUGGAGAGAAACUCUACAAAUGUGAAAAAUAUGAUAAAGCCUGUUACUCUCAUAUACAAUUUACUGGACAUGUGAAAAAUCCACAUUGA